AUGAACAGUUCAGGAAGUUCUUUCAGUUCUUCUAGGAACUUAUUGAAUAGCCCCCGAAAUUCGAAUAUACUAAAUAUAUGUUCUCAAAAUAAUAACAAUAAAAGUUAUAAUUCAGAAAAUGAUAUAUUAAUAAAUAUGAUUUUAGAAGACUGUGUACACGAAUGGUUUCCUUUUUUAAAAGAAGAACAUGAUGAUAUAGAUAAAGAGCAAGAAAAGAACCAACAUAAUUUAAAUAACGAAAUAAAUAAAUUGAAGAAAUAUUAUAAAGGUGUAAAAUCUUCUGAUUUUCCAUUACCAAGAUUAUAUAAAACAAAUCGAAGUAUAUGCAACUUGAAUGAAGAUAAUGAAGAUGAAUCUAUUUUUUAUAAUAGUAAUAGUAUAUAUAUGAAUAUAUUAAAUGAAAGUAAUACAGACAAUGUAAACACAAAUAAUCAUUUAAAUGAACCUGUUCAUAUGCAAGAAAAUAAAGAAACACAAAGAGAAGUUAUAUACGAUAAAAAGAAAGAAGAAGAAACAAAAAGUGAUGAAAAUUUUGUAAAUGAUACAAAUGAUGUGAAUGAGAAUAUUUCCUUUUAUGAUUGCAUAGGUGACAUCAGUAUUAAUAAUAAUAAUAAUAAUAACAAUAAUGAUAAUAAUUUUAAUAAGUUGGAUGAAUAUGUUCAAGAAACCUGUUCAUCACGUGAGGAAAAAACAUUGAACACUAUAAGAGAGAAAAAAGAAAAUUUAAAGCAUUAUUUAGAUAUAAAGCAAAAACAAUAUUUAAAAAAAAAAGGAGACGAAGAUGUUAGUAAAGAGGAAAUUCAAAACAUAUCAUUAGAAGGAAGAAGGAAUGAUAAUUGUGAUAAUAAAUAUAAUGAUAAACGUGAUGAUUUUUAUAAUGACAAGAGUGAUAAUAUUAAUCAUGCAAAUUUUGAUAACUCUCCUAUGUGGUUAAAAAAUUAUAAAAACAUUUCUAAUUAUAGUACUAAUAAUAACACCCAUAUGAAUAAUACAUAUAAUACAAUGAACACAAUUGAAAGUAAACAUAGUAUUAAGUAUGAGGAAAAUAAUAUUAUUAAUACAAAUAAAAAAGAUGUUAACAUAUAUAAUACUAUAGAAGUAAAUGUGGAUUCUACAAAUAAUUCCAACAAAGAAGAAAAUGAUAUUUAUUUGGAUAAUGAUAAUAGAAAUAUAAAUUCCAUCAUUCAAGAAAUAAAAAAUGAAGAAGCAAAAGAAAAAGAUUUUACAAUGGAUUCAUAUGGAAAUAUGUACCUACGUAUAUGUAUGAAAGUCUUAAAAAAAAACGUAGAUUAUUUUUUAUCACCCAUGAAAUUAACUAAUGAAAAACUUGUUUAUGAAAAAAAAAAAAUCAAAGAAAUUUUAAAAUUGUAUGAUAAAUUAUUUUAUAGCCAUUUUAAAUUCAUACCAAAUAAAAUUUACAAAGAAGUAUUGAGACCUAUAUAUACUUACUAUCAAAAUUUAAAGUCCAAUAUUGUAGGUGGUGUAUCUACUACAUCCUUCGAUGCAAAAUCAAGAAAUGUUUCUAUUUCUUCUUCCUGUUCUUCUUUUCGCAGGGAUUUUGAUAUUCCAAAAAAGAACUCAACGUGUGAAGAAGAUGAAGAAAGCAAAGUUAUACAAAAGAAAAAUUCAUUUUCAAGCGAAUAUACCAAUUUAGGGAGCUUUUCAAAUAUUAUUAACGACAUGACUGUUAAAAAUAUUUUACAGGAGGUUGAUGAGAAUUCAGAUAUAAGCCAUUUAGAAAAGGAUUAUAAAUAUAUAUACAAAGAUUUAUUAAAAUUGAAAAGUUUAUUAUUAAAGAAAAGAUAUUACAAAAAUAUUUUAUUCGAAUAUCAAAAGAAUUUUGUUCAAAUUAAUAAUAGAUGUGUUAAAACGUAUAGGGAUAUAUAUCCUGUGGAGAAGGAGUAUAAAACAUAUACUCAAAUAAAAAAGCAGACAAUUGAAGUGAUCAAUUCGAUUAAUAUAAAUUAUAAAAAAUAUUAUCCAAAUAUAUAA